UGUGAACCAGAGUGAAGCAUAUGACUGGAGUCAGCAUGUGAGUGCCAAUAUGGGAUCAGGACAGCAGUCCUUCAGUGGUCUCAUCUUCGAGUCUACGACAGACAACCCAUUGGCAACACCUAGUACUACUACGCCGUUAGCUGGUAGUGCUUUCAACGUGAACGACAA